AUGCUUUUAGAUGAUACUGAAAUUAAGGAGCACUUCGCCUCACUAAGACAUAUCGCAAACUUCCUUGAACAUGAGAGACUGGAUAAAAGUGGUGUGUCUCUGUCACAAAGCACUUUAUCCUCAGCCGCACAUCUUCACACGUUGCUGUCUUUGAGUGCUGGAUCUGAUGGCACUCCGAAGCAUGCAAAUAGGGCUGAGCUAGACAUGGGUCACCUAGAGUUUCCUUCCAAGAUUAAUUCUUCUGAUGUCGGUUCCCUUCUACGUAUAAUCAGUGAUCAACUUGAGAAGCGAAUCGAUGCUUGCUUUGUCGAAUUCUACGAGCACAUGAAAAAUAAAAAAAAAUACAGGUCAAAAGUGACAGUGACGCGGCGACAGGAUGAGUCAGAUAGGCUUCAGCCGAUAGUCUCUGCGGGAGGCAACGCAUAUUUUAUGAAAAAAGGUAGGAAUCGUGGUUUAGAAGAAAUCGUGGGAGGCGAGCCAAUCCUUGACGGUUCCGGAUCACCUCUGAAGACAUUUCUACAUGGAGGCUGGAGCCGUCGAGACGCGCCAAUCCUCAAGAAGAUACCAAAGGGAUCUUCGGCCUGCAGCCGAAAGACGAGUCUGUGCUCUUCUUUACCCUCUACUACCAGGAGCGAAAAGAGAAGGAAUAUUUGGUCGUCUCAAAGUCCUCACGAGGCUGCGUCUAUUAUUCAGAAUCACCUUUACCUGCUGCUAGAAAGCGCGUUAUCUCAAAUGAGCGCCAGCUGCGGGGGGAUUUACCUUAGUGAUACGAGUGAAGCUAGCACCGCAGCACACCCUGAGGAUGCACCAAAAUUCUUAAUUCGAGUAGCAGAUAUUUCGGGGCAGAAUAAGCUCCCCCAAUCCGUAAGCUACGCCACACUUAAUACUCUCACGACGGUAGUGCAGACUGGCGUUGCAUUAAAUUUGAGCCGCUCUAAGGCGGAGCCCAUAGCCCAACAUUUGUCAGACCGAUCUACGUCGUGCGGUGAGGGUGCACCAUAUGGCGCGGUUAACUCUGUAGCUAAGAGCGCGGGCCGCGUCCCCGUGCAGAAGUCGACGCAAAAAAUAUUCGGUCGCUUUUUGCAUGUAAAAACUGCUGUUGUAAUGCCCAUAGACAAUAUAGGCUGUGUAAUUAUCGUGGACAAACAUGGAACGGACGUGAAUGAUAUCCGAUUUACCAGAACAGAUGAAUUUGUGGCGUGGAGUGUGGCGAGGCUUUGCAAACAGAUUUUUAUCCGUUAUAAAACGGAUCUUUUUCUUCAUUACGCCUGGGCUCCAUCGGCGGUGACAUGCCUUAGACACUUCACACUUCUUCCUUCCCUUGGGGGGAAUCCAAAAGAUUGUCACUUACCAAAAAAGACCACCAGCGGUCGUUGGAGAUUAUUAUCUCGUGUCUUUACGGAGUGCAACAAGCACUUCGAGGUGGAAAAGGUGUUAAAACCGGUAGCGAUAGUUAGAGCAGACGUUGAUACCGUGCAGAAGCUGGAUUCCAAUAUAGUAGAGAAACUAUGUGAUAACUUUCCAGAGGGUAGUAGUGACAUGAAUGAGGAAGAGAUAUUCACAAGCGCGGCUGAGUAUAUUACUAAGAUUGAGACUCUUUGGGCCCGAACCAUAGAGGAAAAUGUUCGUCUAAAGUCUGAUUUUGAAAAAAUUUUUCAAGAGUUGGAGGAACAAAAACAGAUACUAUCUACUAUGAUGCAAAAGAAACAGCGAUCGAAUUACGAAAAAUCACUACUGACGAGCCUCUGA